UACAUGUAUAGUGACACAUAUGGGGUAGUUCAGUGUAUCUUGGGAGCUGUUAACUAUCCCGAAAAAGACAGGAUAUCAAAGACUGAUCUGCGCUACAAGAUGGCUGAGUUGAAUUUGGGGAAAGGGUUGACCGCAGGAAAAGUGGCCAGCAACGUUCAGAAAAAAUUAACGAGAGCCCAAGAAAAGGUUCUUCAGAAGCUUGGCAAAGCCGAUGAGACCAAAGAUGUUGCUUUUGAGGAGGGAGUGAUCAACUUCAACAAACAAUAUACUGAAGGCAGCAAACUGCAAAGGGACCUUCGGGCAUACCUGGAGGCAGUAAAAGCCAUGCACGAGUCCUCCAAAAAUGUGCAGGCGUGUUUGGCUGACAUGUAUGAGCCAGAGUGGUACGGCAAGAACGAAGUGGAUUCAAUUGUGGAGGACUGCGAUGUGCUGUGGACUGACUACCACCAAAAGUUGGUCGAUCAUGCUCUCAUCUCCAUGGAUACUUACCUGGGCCAGUUCCCUGAUAUCAAGGCACGUAUAGCUAAGAGGGACAGGAAGCUGGUCGAUUACGACAGUGCCAGGCACAACUAUGCCACCACACACAAGACCAAGAAAAAGGACGGUGGCAUUAAAAUUACCAAGCCCUCCUCUUUGUUGGAGAGGGCCACUCCAGGUUGGGCUCAGGGUAUCUUGUCUGCACACAAUGUUGCCCAGAGCAGUCUGUCCAGGAGCCAGGCUGAGGAAGAGUUGGAGAGAGCCCAGAAGGUGUUUGAGGAGAUUAAUAUUGACUUGCAAGAGGAGUUGCCUUCCCUUUGGAACAGUCGUGUUGGAUUUUAUGUCAGCACAUUCCAGAGUUUGGCUGGUUUUGAGGAGAAGUUUCACAAGGAAAUUGGCCGGUUGGAUCAGGAUUUGUAUGACACCUUGGAAAAAUUGGAAAGAACAGACAUCCACCAAGCAAGCAGAAAGACAGGUACCAGCGGCGCCUCAUCGUCAGGAACAAAUAGGAGUGCGGUUGGAAAAGAAGCAUCUAACCACACUCUCAGGCCAGGAGGACCACCGCCAAUCCCUAAAUCUCCAUCCAAGCUAAGGCCUGCAGUGCCUCCUCCACCCAAGGUGACCCCAUCUAAGGAGUUGAAAACAGAGAACAUCGUCAGCCUUUUUGAUGCUGCAGCUACUCCCGAUAUCAGCGUCACCUCCCCUACAGAGACGGAAAACUGGGACUCAUGGGGUGAGUCUGCAGCAGCAGCUGCUGCAGCACCAGAGGAGGAAGCACCGACAGAGGAGACACCUGAAGUAGCAGCAGAAUCAACAGAAGUAGCAUCAGAGUCUGAAGAAAUGCCACCUGGCUUCUUGUUUAAGCUCCAGGUGAUGCAUGAUUAUGCUGCCAAUGAUACAGACGAACUGGAGAUGAAGACUGGUGAUGUGGUGCUGGUAAUCCCAUUUGACAACCCUGAAGAACAGGAUGAUGGCUGGCUGAUGGGAAUGAAGCAGGACGACUGGCGGCAGAACAAAGGAAAUGCCCUUAAAGGAGUAUUCCCUGAAAAUUUUACCCAGAGGCUGUGAAAGAGGAGGACAGAACGUCAUUCCAGCUUCCUUCUUCAUGUCUCUCUUCCUCUUGCCUCAAUCCUUCUUUUCCUCUAUUUCCCUGAUACUGUAUCUUUACUAGGACUUUGGCCAUAGAAGCAGAGCUGUCACAGCCGUGGUUGAAAUCCUGCAUUUCUAAGGUCUGCUACACUGUGCUAAAAGUGGAUCUUUGCAUUUCUUUGGAUUUCUGCCAACAUUUACAAUUACAGAUGUAGCCAUUUUACAGGUCCCACUCUUUGUAGUCUUGCUACACUAUUGUUGCUACUCCAUAUCGGAGGAAUUGAUUAGAGAAUCCUGAUCAUACAGGAUCGAUGCAGGGAUGGGUGCCUCUGCAAUGGCUACUGCUGCAAUUGCAUUAUGUUUUAUUCUUAGCCAUGUGUCAUCAUAAACUCUCUAAGGCAUAUUCCACCACCAUAACAGAGAAAAUGUAUUUUGAGAUGUGCUUUUGUUCAUCUGAUAAUGAGAGACUGAGAACAGUAUAAAAUUAUUAAGACAAUGCCAAGUGUAGCAAAUUGUCCCUUACAUACAUAGAAGCCCUGGAAUGUGUGUGUGUCUGUGUGUGUGUGUGUGUUUAUUUUUCAUAUAAAGGAUGGGGUGUAAUUACUAAAGCCAGACUGACAGGAAGGUAAAUGUAAACUUAGUAGAGUCCUCACUAUGUUUGAAACAUUCACCCAACACACUGGAAAAAUAGAACCAAUUCUGGCAAUUUCAUCCCAGUCAAAAACGAUAAGACCUUUGAAUACAUAAGGUUCAGAACCAGCCCAUAAACACAUCAACAGUGAUGAUAUAUAUAUAUAUAUAUAUA